CUACGUCAUAACCACGCGCCCAUUACUUGCUGGCUCUUGUGUGACCGGAACCUUAGACAUAAACAAACAUGUCCACUGCUAUGAACUUCAGCUCCAAGUCUUUCAAACCUCGGGCUCCGGAUAAAGGCUCUUUUCCUUUGGAUCAUUUCGGAGAGUGUAAAGACUUCAAGGAGAAGUUCAUGAGAUGUCUGAAGGACAACAGCUACGAUAACUCCCUGUGUCGAGUGCAGUCCAAAGACUACCUGGAAUGUCGGAUGGAGCAUCAGCUGAUGGCCAAGGAGCCGCUACAGAAACUGGGAUACAAGGAUCUGAUUGAUCCUCCUUCUCCUUCAGGUGAAGCAGACAAAAACACUAAACCCUGACCUGCUCACAGAACAGCAGCUGAUUUCUCAGGUCGAGGCCGCAGCUCAGGUCGAGGCCACAGAGGACGACAUUGCUGUAUUUGUUCACUGUAAAUAAGAUGAAAUCUGUAAUAUAUGGGGAUAUUUUUGACUUCUGUCAAUAAAUGCUUUUAUUUUAAA